AUGUCCAGACUCAAUUUGGUCUCGAGGCUUGCACGCCCGUGUCUGCGCGUGAGCUCUGCGCGCCUGAUUCCCUCGGGACAAACAGUGCAUGCGAGGUUCUUUUCAACGGCGAAGAGACUGCUCACCUCGCUGCCGGAUACACACAUCUUCCGAGCUAUUAGAGACCAUGAUCCGUCCAGUUUGGCGGUGCUGCAUAGCUUGUCGGGUCGGUCAUUCACAUACGGAAACCUGACUGCCGAUGUCCUCCGCGCAAAGGAGGACCUCGAGCAGAAGGUGGGCAAGAUGAAGGGGAAUUUGUCUGGAGAGCGGGUUGCAUUUAUGGCAGAGAACAGCUAUGAUUACGUUGUCUUGCUCCUGGCCAUCUUUGGAUGUGAUGCCAUUGCACUGCCCCUAUCCCCGUCGUUUCCUACGGGCGAAUUGCAGUAUAUCCUUGACAACUCGGAGGCCAAGGUCCUCCUAGCUACGGAGAAGUAUGCCGACAAGGCCCAAGGAGUUCUUCAGGCGGGCUUGCAGCACGAUCCGUUGUUUGAUAUCAGACGGAAACUUGUCGUGGGGGCUUCUGGAAGUGAGGCCGUUCCGUUGGAAAAGCCAAAAGGCUCUAGUGAGCUACCUGCAGGUGGUAUGAUGCUAUAUACAUCUGGUACGACGAAUCGUCCGAAAGGAGUAUUCAUCCCCGAAUCAGCACUCACCGCACAGGCAACGUCCCUCCUAAAAGCAUGGGAAUACUCUCCACAAGACCGACUACUCCAUCUCCUCCCUCUACACCACAUCCACGGCGUCGUCAACGCCAUCAUAACACCCCUGUUCGCCGGCUCCUCCAUCGAAUUCAUGUACCCCUUCAACACAGAUCGAGUCUGGAACCGCCUCGCAGCACCAUUCCACCCACACACCGAACCCAACAGCCCAGAAAAGUCCAAAAUCACCUUCCUCACAGCUGUACCAACAGUCUACAACCGCCUCCGAUCAAGUUUCCCCAAACUCCCACAGGAAAUCCAACAAGCUGCGCAAAAGGGUAUAUCCCCGGAAAACCUCCGUCUCAACAUCUCCGGCUCUGCAGCUCUACCAACCCCUACAAAAGCAGCCUGGCAAACCCUCAGCAAAGGCAACGUCCUCCUCGAACGGUUCGGGAUGACCGAAGUCGGCAUGGCGCUAAGCUGCGGUCUCGAUUUCGCAGAUCGCGUCGACGGAAGUGUCGGCUGGCCUUUACCUCAGGUAGAAGCCCGGCUCGUGGACACGGAGACGAAUCAAGUUAUUCCUCUAGGCGAGGAAACCGACGCCAAUGGCCGCGAACGCGUAGGUGAGAUCCAACUGCGCGGUCCAACUAUCUUCCGCGAGUACUUCGGUAACGAGAAAGCCACGCGGGAGAGUUUCGUGGACGGCGGUGACGGGGGCGCUCACUGGUUCUGCACCGGCGAUGUCGCGACGAGACGGGUUGUACAGGGCGCCGGCAAGGGAACCAGUGGUGACUGGGCCCGCGGACCGAUGUAUUUCAUCCAGGGCCGCAAGAGCGUCGAUAUCAUCAAGACGGGCGGGGAGAAAGUGAGCGCGUUAGAAGUUGAGCGGGAGUUACUUUCUCUCCCCCAAAUCUCCGAAGCAGCCGUCGUAGGCCUCCCCUCCGAACAAUGGGGUAGCAAAGUCGCCGCCGUCGUAGUCCUACACCCGGACGCGCAUACUACCGGACGAAACGGCAAGGCCUGGGGACCUAUGGAUAUGCGUCGUGCGUUAAAUGAUCGAUUGGCUGGGUAUAAGAUUCCGCAGGAAAUGAAGGUUUUGGAUGCGAUUCCGCGGAAUGCAAUGGGGAAGGUGAAUAAAAAGGCGUUGGUGAAACAAGUUUUUGAUGUUUAG